CCUCCCUCCCAGGACAGGAGCGCCACACUUCGGCCAUGACCGACACCGUGUUCAGCAGCAGCUCUAGCCGCUGGGUGUGUCCCAGCGACCGACCCCUUCAAUCCAGGCUCCAAGCGGGCUGGUCGGUCCACCCCGGUGGUCAGCCCGACAGACAGAGGAAGCAGGAAGAGCUGACAGAUGAAGAGAAGGAAAUUAUCAACAGGGUGAUCGCCCGGGCUGAGAAAAUGGAAGAAAUGGAGCAGGAGCGGAUCGGGCGCCUGGUGGACCGUCUGGAGACCAUGAGAAAGAACGUGGCCGGGGACGGGGUGAACCGCUGCAUACUGUGCGGUGAACAGCUGGGGAUGCUGGGCUCUGCCUGCGUGGUGUGUGAGGACUGUAAGAAGAAUGUCUGCACCAAAUGUGGGGUGGAGACCUCCAACAACCGGCCACAUCCUGUGUGGCUCUGCAAAAUCUGCCUCGAGCAGAGGGAGGUGUGGAAACGUUCUGGAGCCUGGUUCUUCAAGGGCUUCCCCAAACAGGUCCUCCCACAGCCUAUGCCCAUUAGGAAGGCCCAGCAGCCUGUCAGCGAGCCCGCCGCCCCCGAGCAACCCACCCCGGAGCCCAAGCACAUCCCCCAGGCCCCGACUCAAGGUGACGCUGAAGACAGGAGGGGCCCAGGUCAGAAGCCAGGCCCUGAGCCAGCCUCUGCUUCUGCUCCUGGGCGAGGAAGCUACGGGCCUCCCGUGCGCAGGGCCUCUGAGGCGCGGAUGAGCUCAGCCGGCCGGGACCCAGAGAGCUGGGGCCACGGCCACGGCGGGGCGGCCGGCGACUCCAGCCGGAGCCCGGCAGGUCUGAGACGGGCCAACUCGGUCCAGGCCUCCCGCCCCGCCCCAGCCUCGAUGCAGGGCCCGGCGCCGCCUCAGCCCGCGCAGCCAGGGCCCCCAGCUGGCAGCAGACCAGGCCCUGGGCCCGCAGGACGCUUUCCUGACCAGAGACCAGACGCGGCUCCCAGCGACCCCGGCUACGCCGCCAUCCCGCCCUGGGAGGAGAGAGCCAGGGAGGAGCGGGCGGCCCACCCACCGGUUCCCUAUCCCCAAGUGUCCACUGCUGCCCCCCAGCCUGCCGCGACCCCCGCCCGCCAGCCCCCACCCCCAGCCCCCGAGGAGGACGGAGAAGAGGCCAACAGCUACGACUCGGAUGAAGCCACCACCCUGGGAGCCCUGGAGUUCAGCCUCCUCUACGACCUGGAGAACAGCUCCCUGCACUGCACCAUCAUAAAGGCCAAGGGACUGAAGCCCAUGGACUCCAACGGCUUGGCUGAUCCCUAUGUUAAGCUGCACCUCCUGCCGGGAGCCAGCAAGUCCAACAAGCUUCGGACAAAAACCCUGCGGAACACCCGGAACCCCGUCUGGAACGAGACUCUCGUCUAUCACGGCCUCACAGAUGAAGACAUGCAGCGGAAGACCCUCAGGAUCUCGGUCUGUGAUGAAGACAAAUUCGGCCAUAACGAGUUCAUCGGUGAGACCAGAUUCUCGCUCAAGAAGCUAAAGCCCAACCAAAGGAAAAACUUCAAUAUCUGUCUCGAGCGGGUAAUCCCGAUGAAGCGUGCCGGGACCACCGGCUCCGCCCGAGGCAUGGCCCUGUAUGAGGAGGAGCAGGUGGAGCGCAUUGGGGACAUAGAGGAACGCGGCAAGAUCCUGGUGUCCCUCAUGUACAGCACGCAGCAAGGGGGGCUCAUCGUGGGCAUCAUACGCUGCGUGCACCUGGCCGCCAUGGAUGCCAACGGCUACUCGGAUCCAUUCGUCAAGCUCUGGCUAAAACCAGACAUGGGGAAGAAGGCCAAACACAAGACUCAAAUUAAGAAGAAAACCUUGAAUCCUGAGUUUAAUGAGGAGUUCUUCUAUGACAUCAAACAUAGCGACCUGGCGAAGAAGUCACUGGACAUCUCGGUCUGGGACUAUGACAUCGGCAAGUCCAACGAUUACAUCGGAGGCUGCCAGCUGGGGAUCUCGGCCAAGGGAGAGCGCUUGAAACACUGGUACGAGUGUCUGAAGAACAAAGACAAGAAGAUUGAGCGCUGGCACCAGCUACAGAACGAGAACCACGUGUCCAGCGAUUAGGAUGGUGCCCGG